CUUACAUAACUACAAAAAUGGGGAUUAUAUUAAGUGUUCUCUCGAAUAUAAUGUACCUCUCCGAAAAGUUCACAAUGUGUCUGGCAGCAGUCACAGUUGUGUCUUGUCUGGUGGUCACUUUAGUUAUGAUGCUGGGCUUGGGCGUUGGCCUUGGAUACAACUACUGCUUUGUUGAAAUCAAGACAAAACACAGAUACAUUCCCGGCUACUACCGUUACAAAGUGAAGGAGGCAACGACGAUGCACCGCACUCCGCCUUGGAGACGGCUCACCACUCGCCGCUACGCGUUGCGUGAUCCUGACACCAGCGAACCACUGAUUGACUACAAACCACCUGAAUUUGACCACAUAGCCAAUGAAACGUCUAAAGAAACACAAACAGAAACUAAUUCGACUGUCGAAGUCAAUACUGAGACAACAAACGAAAUGGCGGUUGAUGUUACAGAAACUGCUACUUAUGAAUCUGAGAAUACAAAUAAAAUGCCUUCAACUACAACUAAAACAGUAAUUCAAAUACAAGGGUUAGAUUUGAUUGCUCUGUUAUCUAAACUGAAAUCAGAAAACAGAAAUUACAGCUUACAAAUUGUGACAACUUAA